UUGAUUCCAAUGGUUCCAAAAGCCUCCAAGAUGCCAGAACUACACGUAUAUAAGGAUGCAACAGCAUUGGAAACCUCAUCGACACAGAGAGCUGGGAGAGAGAGAGGUUCGAGGAAGGAAACAUGAUGCUGGUGUGGGUUUUGGUGCUGACCGCACUGCUUGCCAGUGAUGUGGCAGGAGCAAACAAUUCCACCGAACCAGAGGAGACUCUGCAGAACCUUGGAUGUCAUAGACGAUGUCGUUCACAUUGGCAUUAUUAUCAUCCUACAAGAUCCUGUUACCGUUUUUUCCAUCAGAAAUUGCGAUGGGGAUGUGCUGAGCAUCACUGCAGAUGCGUAGGACGUCAUGGACAUCUGGCUUCUAGCAGGUCGUACUGUGAAAACGCAUUCAUUUCCCGAGUGAUCUGGCUUGGGCAUGGAGGAAGACAAACCGCUUGGAUUGGUCUCAACGACAAAUGCUGUGAAGGUCAUUACAAAUGGAUUGAUGGAUCUGCAUACAGAUACUCACGCUUUGCUUGUGGGGAACCUAAUAACCUUCACAACGAAGAUUGUGUGGAAACUAACUUUCGUCGUGCGGGAUUAUGGAAUGAUAAGUCAUGUCGAUCACGCAGGCGUUAUGUUUGUUCCUACAGACUGUGA